AUGGAGUGGCUGGACAUCGCCAAGGACCUGAACGCCGGUACUAUCGGCGGCGUAGCGGGCAUUGUAGCUGGUCACCCAUUGGACACCGUCAAGGUGCAGCUCCAAACCAGUCGCGAAGCAGGAGCCGGCGUCUUACGCACACUGCGCCGAGUUGUUGGCUCUGACGGUGCUGCGGGGCUGUAUCGGGGCCUAUUGUCCCCAAUCCUGAGCAACGCACCUAUCAACGCUGUGGUCUUUGGUGUACAAGGCCAAGUGGUGCGUGGUUUGCAGACAGACGACGCUCCAUUGUCCAGUACCCAGCACUUCAUGGCUGGAUCUAGUGCUGGACUAGUCCAAGUGAUCUUUGCGGCACCGUCGGAACACGUCAAGAUCCAGCUUCAGACUGGAGCUAUGGGGGCAGAACACAGCUCUCUAGUGGCAGGGCGCACGAUGCUAAGGAGGUAUGGAGCCAGGACGCUGUUCAAGGGCUGGCAAGCGUGUUUGCUGAGAGAUGUCCCGGCAUUUGGAGCGUACUUCUGCGGCUACGAGGCGACCAAGAGAUGGCUCACCGAAGGCCAGAGUGAGAACGAGACGGAUCUUAAGCUUAUGAUGGCUGGAGGCAUUGCAGGAAUGCUGUCGUGGAUGGUGAGUAUGCCCCAAGAUGUGGUCAAGAGCUGUGUGCAGAGUCAGAGUCUUGAGGGUCAGCAGAUGACCAUGACCCAGAUUGCAAGGACGAGAAUGCAGCAGGAAGGAGUUGGCUUUUUCUUAAAGGGAUUCAGUGCCACAAUGCUCCGAGCGUUUCCUGUUAGUGCAGUGACGUUCCUCGUCUACGAGAAGACCAUCCAGUUCAUGUCUUAA